AUGACCAACUAUUAUGAUCGAUAUUCUGCCAAGUGCAAAUCUGCCAAAGAAUUUUGGGAUACUCUUCAAGCUAUUUAUUUGGCAGAAGAGGCGAGCUCAAAGAAGUUUUUUGUUUCAAAUUAUAUGGAAUUCAAGAUGAUUGAGGACAGAAGUAAACUUUUACGUAAGAAGGAAGAUUUGACUCUUGAAAAAUUGUUGCAAUAUUUGCAAAUUGAACAAGAGACUAGAAAUUGUGACACUAAUAUUUUCAAGGAACCUGUCAUGAAAGCUCAUGUGGUUGAAGAGAAAACAACCAAAAGGGAACCAGAUAACAAGAAAUUUACAAAGAUAAAGAAAAGUACAAAUUUUAAGCGUACUAGUGCUAAUUCUAAGUCAAGUGAGUGUUAUCAUUGUCAUAAAAUUGGUCACUAUGCUCGUGAUUGUAAAAUUCUUAAAGCUGAAAAGAAGAAAGGAAAAGUCAACAAUAAUAGAAAUGAUGAACUUGUAGCGAUGGUCACAGAAGCAUUUGUAGCAGAAAUCAAGUCGAAUGGUGGAUAG